AUGGAUGAUGCUGUCGCCAACGCAGUUGGCGCUCUCAAAUCUGCCAUGGCAGAGGAGAGGGCUGUACUUCGGGCCGAGGUGGACGAGGUACGCCUCCAGCUCGUGCAGCUCCGCGAGUUGCUGGUCUGCAAGUCUCGCAAGGGGCGGGACGUUAGGACUGCCACCAUCACCACGCAGAUGGUCGCUCUCUCGGCUCCUGCGGUAACGCAGGGCGCUAUGUGGGUGCCCACGCAGGUGGUGAAGGAGAUGCCGGCCCGCUCCUCGAAAGGGAAGGGUUUGCGGAAACAAGAUUCCGAGCCAGCUCGGCCAGCAACACGGGAUGACGUGGCCAAAGGCGUCGAAACGCCCGCCCGCCCUCCCGAGGACAAGGCGGAACAGCCACUGGUGGAAGAUGAAGACGCGUGUUGCAGGGAAUGCGGACGUUUAGCUCUGGCAACUGUGCCGGUGGCGGAGCAGCCCGUCGCUAAUCCGGCCACGCCGCCACAUAGCGAGCCGGCCGCUCCGAGCUGUCAGGCUGUGGCGGGCCUGGUCCUCGCGAGAGCCCGCCGAGUCAAAGACCGGCCGCCCCCGCCGCCCCCGCCUCCCACGUAUGCUGGAGACGCGCCGCCCUCAUUAGGUAACUGA